GUCACCGCGGUGAGGGCCGGGAGCGGCGGCGAUGGCGGCAGCGCUGGGCGGGCGGGUCCCGCGGGUGUGCAGGAGCUGCUGAUCGCCGCGGUGCGUCCUGCAGGGAUCCCUCCUUUGGUGGUGCCUGAUCAGUGAGUUCUUUACAUACACUCCAGCAGUGGCCACGCAGAACUGACAAACUUCAGCUGGAGGAGAGAAGAUGACAUCCUUAGGUGCACCAGAAAAGGAAAUGCAUAAACUGACCUUGGAUACACCACAGAAAGAAAUACAUGAAUUGCCCUUGGAUACAUCACAGCAGAAAAUCAGUAACCCGAUGAUUCCAUAUGUUGGGACAAUACACGAUGGCCUUGUUCCUGGAGAGAAGAUUGUGAUACAUGGGUCUGUUCCUGAUGAUGCAGACAGGUUCCAGGUGGAUUUACAGUGUGGCAGCAGCAUAAAGCCUCGAGCUGAUGUGGCGUUCCAUUUCAACCCCCGCUUCAGAAGGUCUGGCUGCAUUGUUUGCAACACACUGGACAGGGAGAAGUGGGGCUGGGAGGAGGUCACUUAUGACAUGCCCUUUAAAAAAGGAGAGUCGUUUGAGAUUGUCAUCAUGAUUUUAAAGGAUAAAUUCCAGGUGACUGUAAACAAAAAGCACUUGCUGCUCUACAACCACAGAAUUAGCCUUGAAAAAAUAGGUACUCUUGGAAUAUAUGGCAAAGUGAAGAUCAAAACCAUAGAGUUUGUUUCUCAGUCUUUACAAGGCUCUCAGCCAUCGUCUCUAGGAGUAACAAAGAUAAGCACAGAAAAUGGGGAAAUGCCAAAUGGUUCACAACUGGGUGUUCCUUAUGUUGGGAAACUUGGUACUGCACUUCAUCCAGGAUGCACAAUUGCCAUUCAAGGAGAAGUGAAUAAAAACGCAAAGAGCUUUGCUAUAAACCUGAGACCAAGUGGAUCAAAGGACAUUGCUUUACAUCUGAAUCCCCGAAUGAAAAACAAAGUUUUUGUAAGAAACUCCUACCUUCACGACAGCUGGGGAGAAGAAGAAAAGGAAGUUGAUAGGUUCCCUUUCAGUCCAGGGAUGUACUUUGAGCUGCUUAUUUUCUGUGAUGCCUACCAGUUCAAAGUUGCUAUUAAUGGUGUUCACACUCUGGAGUACAAGCAUCGUUUUAAACAACUUGAAAAGAUCAACAUGGUGGAAGUCACGGGAGAUGUUCACUUGUUGGAUGUGAGGAGCGGUAGUUCUUUUCAACAGUACUAAAAUAAUUUAACCUCUUCUAAUGACAGUGCCUCCUUGUCAAGUACAAAUAAGUGCUGACUUGUGCUGAGCCUGCCUUUAAUCUAUCUAGGCUUUUGCAUUUGCCUCUCUGAGUUAGGCAAGUAUCAGAAAUGCUAACUGCAAAUUUAAAUCCUUCUCUAGUUUACAGUUCCCUGGCAAGCCAAGUCAGCGUUUGCUCAGAUAAAUCUCCUACAUUAUGGAACCUAGCAAUAUGAAAAUGCUGCAUCAUAUUGUAUCUAACAAUUGCACUCUGUAUGUUUAAGUUAAACUACUAUUUGGCAUUCCGUGAUAUGAUCCAUUCAAUAUUGUGAAGUACAAAUGAAACCGGAAUAAGAUCCAAAGAUACAGUUAA